AUGAAGCAUCAAAGCAAGGUCACACUCUUCCUUCCAAAUUUGUUAAUACUAUUAACCAUCCUACUACAAUCAACAAUAUGGAUUAGAGCACAGGAAGUUGAGGAUGAAAGCGAGUUUGAUUACAUAAAAGGGAGUGAGAAGGGUCCCUCACACUGGGGGGAACUGAAGAAGGAAUGGGCUACAUGUAAAAGUGGCACGAUGCAAUCUCCCAUUGAUUUGUCAAGCCACAGAGUGAGAGUGGUACGGAAGUUAGGGGAGCUAAAGAAAUACUAUAAGCCUCAGAAUGCCACGGUCAGAAAUAGAGGCCAUGAUAUUCAGCUGAAAUGGACGGAAGAGGCAGGAUCAAUAAACAUAAACGGCACUGAGUUUUUUCUGCAACAGUGCCACUGGCACUCACCUUCUGAACAUACCAUCAAUGGCAGGAGGUAUGACUUGGAGCUCCAUAUGGUUCAUGAAAGCCCAAACACAAACGGGAAAAGCAAGACAGCUGUUGUUGGACUUCUGUAUAAGAUUGGUCGGUCCGAUCCUGUUCUCAACAAGUUGUCAAAAUACAUAAAAACCAUGGUGGAUGAAGAAACAGAAAAGAGCAUUGGGGUGUUUGAUCCCUCAGAAAUCAAGUUAGGUGGCAAGAAGUACUUUAGAUACAUGGGCUCCCUCACUGUCCCUCCUUGCACUGAAGGUGUCAUUUGGACUAUUAACAAAAAGAUAAGAAGUGUGUCAAGGGCCCAAGUCAGGUUACUUAGAGAGGCUGUCCAUGAUCAUGCAGAGAGGAAUGCUAGACCAAUACAAAGCCUGAAUAAACGAGGGAUACAACUCUAUGCCCCCAAACGCAAGGAAUAA